GACAGUUGACGGAACCGACAGAAAAAUUCUUCUUCCUUUCAGUCUUUAAUCAAACCAACCUCCAAAGGAUUUAGAAAAUAAUUGUGAAAAGUCCCAAGAUAAAGAUACCUUACUUAUAGUACGCAAAAGUUACCAAAAUACGAAAUAAAACUAGGAAUAUUAAUAAUGAGUAGCUUGCAAAGAAUUAUACGUUAGUUCUGUGGAUUACGAACUCUUUAAAAUUAUCUUCAACUUAUCACACAAAAUGGAAAAGAGUGUAGAUAUUGUGGACUUUGUUUCAACGCUGCUAGAUUCUGGAAAAUAUAAAGAAGCACUGAGUGUACCCAAUGAUCCCAAGUUUCAAGAAUCCUUCAAAGACAAUUGCUGGGACUUGAUAUCAGUGAUUAUAAGAAAAAUAGAAGAUGAAACCAUUAUAAUAAAACCCUCUUUACAUGGUGCUUGUGAAGAAUUACUCAAUGUUAUUAUAGACAAAGCAGUUCCCGAAGAAGCUCUUUUAGAAUUCAUAGAACAAAUAGAAUUGGCCAAAAAUGAGGCCCAGUUUGGUAUUAUUUUGAAUCCCCUACAACAAUUACUACAAAAGUUAACAGCAAAAAGAGGGAGAUCUUUAGAAUGGUGUUUGAACUCUAUAACAACAUACAUUGAAGGUAUUCCAGUUCCAGAGCAUGGAUUAGAAGGCAAAGAGCAAUUGUUAAUGGAUAGUGAUCCUAAUGUUAGAAGAAUAAGUAAAGUGUACACUAUGUUACCUCCAUUCUAUAGGCCUUUUGUCAAAGAAUUGGAUGGUACUGACUCAAACAUUUAUACAAAACAAAUAAUAACUGCAUUUUUGAUAAGUCUACUUGGGAAACCAUUGAUAUACAUAGAUAUGGACCCAGAAACUAGUGCUAAGAGUGAAAUUAGGCUUUGCUGUCACACAGUUGUUCAAGAUAUAUGCCUUUUGGAGAAGAAUAUUUUCAAAUUUCUGACAUACUUGGAAAUAUGUUACAAAGAAAAUAAAAAAUCUAAAUCCAAAAAGGAAUUUGAAAAUGAAGAACUGCCACCUUAUGAGCAUAGGGAAAAGAUUAACCUAACAACACUCUCCUCUUUCUACUAUGCAGUUUACUCUGGUCAUUUCCAGCUAUCACAUCAUUCUACACCAUCUGUUUAUAAUAUUGACUAUAUUGUGAACAAUUUAUUCCUUGCUGUGAUUCAUCUGUUGAGUUUCAGUGAGCAUGGCCCGCUUGCAAAAGGUACAGCCCUUUGUAGGGCACUGCUAGACUGCUACCCGUGCAAUGUAUCUCACAAUUUGUUAUCCUCUGCCCACUUUGAUUUGAGCAAAUGUUUAUCUACUGUCGCCAUAUAUUCCACAUAUGAAUGUAUUCGUAAGAAAUCAGUCACCUUGAUCAGUAAUCAUGUCAAUAAAUUUGAAUAUAAAGGCAGGUGCAUGUUGAUCAAGCAUUUGUUGGGUGUUACUAAUCAUUCUGGAAUGAUUGGUUACACAAUAUCACUUUACAAAAACUCAAUAGAUGAAGCUUUUAAGGAAACAGCCUUGCCAGAUUGCUUCAAAGGUCCACACCUUAUGAAUAUGAUACAGAAAAUAUGCUACCUUCCCCAUGGAGCUGAGUCCGAUUUGGUUGAAUUGGCUGAUCAAAUUAUAACUGCUCUUAAUUUCUUGCGUUACCUGGCUCUGAAAGACACUGAAAAUGUUACUGGCAUAAGGGAUUUCUUUUCAAUGAUCGAGGUUGACUAUUUGGAUAAACUUAGAACUGGAUUAAAUAUGUCAAAAGCUCAUUAUGAAGUAAAACUUAAAGAUAUAGAAGAAGGAAAAGAUUGCACUGGAGAAACAAUGAAGGUGUCAAUCAAUCUUGGUGGCAACAUGCUGGAUCAGAUCCCUACACAGAACAAGAAAGAGAUCAUUUAUUCUGCACUAAAUGCUUUCCAUUUGAUUGAAGGUCUUGUGGCACGUUUGUCUGAGUGUAUCAACAUUAAUAAAAUGUCUGGUCUUUCAAUGGAAUCUGAAUAAUGUUUUUAAAUAAAUCAUUUUACUAUU